CCCUCGCUCUAGGCGGCGCUCGCAGCCUCGGGUCCGGGCAGCCGAGUGCAAGGCCGCCCCUUGGGCGCUUCCUACCCUUGGCUGAGUCGCCAGUGUUGCCUGGAGCUGCCCGGGCCUGCGCAAAGGAAAAGGGAGAGCCUGCUUGGCAGCCUCGCAGGUCCGCUUCUUUGCCCUGAAUUUGUCGCCCUGACAUCAGGGGCCCCUGUCUCCUGAACUCAGGGUCGUGCAGCCUUUAAAACCUCGGUAGCUCCCAGGCAGAGGAACCAGGUUUGGCCUUUGGAGUCAGACCUCCCUGGGCCCCAAAUCAAACCCCUCUGUUCUCCAUGGAGACGACCCUCAGUUUUCUCAUCUCUUGAACGUGAGGAUCAAAUACCCAGGCCAUGGAGUUCUUGAGGAUUAAAUGCAGAUAAUAUAGAGAAGAUCCUGGCGCAUUUUAAGUGUCAGAGCAACCUCUGUCCUUCCCAGAUAUGGUCCACCGUGCCUAUUUAAAGGACACUUGAGCACCAAAAGUAAUGCUUUUUGCACUGACUCCUCUUCUCUCAGACUAAGCACUCUCCAGCUGGUCAAGAAUCACAUGGCUGUUCACUAUAAUAAAAUCCUUUCAGCCAAAGCUGCAGUAGACUGCUCAGUUCCAGUAAGCAUGAGUACCAGCGUAAAGUAUGCAGACCAACAACGAAGAGAGAAACUCAAAAAGGAAUUAGCACGAUGUGAAAAAGAGUUCAAAUUAACUAAAACUGCAGUGCAAGCCAAUUCUAAAAGUAAUUCCAAGUCACUUUUUAACACCUUACAAAAGCCCUCAGGUGAACCGCAAAUUGAGGAUGACAUGUUAAAAGAAGAAAUGAAUGGAUUUUCAUCCUUUGCAAGGUCACUAGUACCCUCUUCAGAGAGACUACACCUAAGUCUACAUAAAUCCGAUAAAAUCAUCACAAAUGGUCCUGAGAAGAACUCCAGUUCCUCCCCGUCCAGCGUGGAUUAUGCAGCCUCUGGGCCCCGGAAACCGGGCUCUGGAACCCUGUAUGGCAGAAGGCCCAGAAGCACAUUCCCAAAUUCCCACCAGUUUCAGUUAGUCAUUUCGAAAGCACCCAGUGGGGAUCUUUUGGAUAAACAUUCUGAACUCUUUUCUAACAAACAAUUGCCAUUCACUCCUCGCACUUUAAAAACAGAAGCAAAAUCUUUCCUGUCACAGUAUCGCUAUUAUACACCUGCCAAAAGAAAAAAGGAUUUUACAGAUCAACGGAUAGAAGCGGAAACCCAGACUGAAUUAAGCUUUAAAUCUGAGUUGGGGACAGCUGAGACUAAAAACAUGACAGAUUCAGAAAUGAACAUAAAGCAGGUAGCAUCUAAUUGUGCGACAUAUGAUGCGAAAGAAAAAAUAGCUCCUUUACCUUUACAAGGGCGUGACUCAACAUGGGAUGAGAUUAAGGAUGAUGCUCUUCAGCAUUCCUCACCAAGGGCAAUGUGUCAGUAUUCCCUGAAGCCCCCUUCAACUAGUAAAAUCUACUCUGAUGAAGAAGAACUGUUGUAUCUGAGUUUCAUUGAAGAUAUAACAGAUGAAAUUUUGAAACUAGGUUUAUUUUCAAACAGGUUUUUAGAACGACUGUUCGAGCGACAUAUAAAACAAAAUAAACAUUUGGAGGAGGAAAAAAUGCGCCACCUGCUGCAUGUCCUGAAAGUAGACUUAGGCUGCACAUCGGAGGAAAACUCGGUAAAGCAAAAUGAUGUUGAUAUGUUGAAUUUAUUUGAUUUUGCAAAGGCUGGGAAUUCAGAACCAAAUGAAUUAAAAAACGAAAGUGAAGUAACAAUUCAGCAGGAACGUCAACAAUACCAAAAGGCUUUGGAUGUGUUAUUGUCGGCACCAAAGGAUGAGAACGAGAUAUUCUCUUCACCAACUGAAUUUUUCUUGCCUGUUUAUAAAUCAAAGCAUUCAGAAGGGGUUAUAAUUCAACAGGUGAAUGAUGAAAUGAAUCUUGAACCUUCAACUUCGGAUGAAAAUAAUCUAAGUAUUUCAGACAGUUUAACAGAUCAGGAAACUUCUGUGAAGGUCAUUGAAGGUGAUAGUGACCCUGAAAAGGUUGAGAUUUCAAAUGGAUUAUGUGGUCUUAACACAUCACUCUCCCAAUCUAUUCAGUUCUCCAGUGUCAAAGGCGACAAUAAUCAUGAUAUGGAGUUAUCAACUCUUAAAAUCAUGGAAAUGAGCAUUGAGGACUGCCCUUUGGAUGUUUAAUCUUCAUUAAUAAAUACCUCAAAUGGCCAGUAACUCAA